AUUUAAGACCUGGUAAUGCUGUCAUGGCCCAUCCCACACUGGGAUGAGAGAGGUCCCUUUCUGCGCUGCCUCAAGUUGAAAGCAGAGUGUCAGGUCCACCAGCAAUUUUUUUUUCAGCUGGGGUGCCAGGGCCCCUGGGGUGCUGCCAGAGCCUUUGGAAGGGUGUCACAAGGGGGGCGAGGACAUGAAGCAGAACUGAAGAGAUCCUUGUAUGCACUGUUCUCGCAGUUUGGUCAUGUCGUUGACAUUGUGGCUUUAAAAACUAUGAAAAUGAGAGGACAAGCUUUUGUUAUAUAUAAGGAACUUGGGUCAUCCACCAAUGCUUUGAGACAGUUGCAAGGUUUUCCAUUUUAUGGUAAACCUAUGCGGAUCCAAUAUGCAAAAACAGAUUCCGAUAUGAUCUCCAAAAUGCGUGGUACAUUUGCUGAUAAAGAAAAGAGGAAAGAGAAAAAGAAAGCCAAAUCCCUGGAACAAUCAGCCAAUGCAGCAAAUAAAAAGGUUGCUCAGGGAACAACACAGAACUCAACAAAUGUCCAAGGGACUUCAUCACAGAACCAGCAGGUGCCUGAUAAUCCACCAAACUAUAUACUCUUCCUUAAUAACUUGCCCGAGGAGACAAAUGAGAUGAUGCUAUCCAUGCUGUUUAAUCAGUUUCCUGGCUUCAAAGAAGUACGCUUAGUGCCUGGGAGACAUGACAUUGCAUUUGUGGAGUUUGAAAAUGAGGGACAGGCCGGAGCUGCUCGUGAUGCUCUCCAGGGGUUCAAGAUCACUCCAUCCCAUGCCAUGAAAAUCACUUAUGCUAAGAAAUAACAUCAGUGGACAUUAUUUAAAAGGACUUUUAGGGGGUGGUUUUUUGUUUUUUUUUAGUAUCAUACCUUGUUUUUGCCCAACUAAAGUGUCUUUAUUUUUUUGAGGAAGAGUAAGGAGCCAUUUGUUGUAAAGCUACAAGUAAGAGAGCUGUCAAAUUUCUUUACAUUUGAUAGUAACUUUUUGUGUGCUAAAAUUUUGUAAAAUAAAUGCAACUUUUAUUUGUGUUUAAGCUA